UUUUUUAAUAAAUGCUUCUUUUCAUGGUGGCAAAUAAUAAAAGUUCUAUGUUCAUUACCCUUAUUUAUAAUUGCCCCUAGGUUUAGUACGGGUAUAUGGAAAAAUUGUCAUGAAGUGGGCCGAAUCUAUAGAUAGAUACCGCUGGAGACAAUAUGGAAGUUAAAAGCAUAGGUAAGAUAAACAAAAAUGGAUUUAUGAGAAGGCUGAAUCAAACAGCUUUGAUGAGAGACGAGAAGAGAAAAAACCCAGAGAAAGUGAACAUAGCAGAAUUAAUUAAAACUAACCCAUGGAGAAAACCAUGACAAGAAAUGAAGGUGGAGAAGGAGCAGCAGCACCAGCAAAGAGAAGAGAAGGUAGUCAAUGGAGAUCCAAAGCUGAAGAGUAUCAAAUGAUUUCUAAUCUGACUGGCUUUGAUAAUUUGAGAGCUAUGAUGGAAGGAGAAGCUACUGUGAAAAGAAGGAAAAGAAGAAGGAACAGAAACAGAAACAGAAAGAAGAACAACAAUGAGUUUCAGUUUCAUGCUCAGCAGCCAUUUCCUCCUGCAAUUGACACAGAGCAGGCUGAAGCUGUGAGAACAGUGGAAGUAUCGAAAUGGGACUUGAUUGAAAUAUCUGCCAAUGAUGUGCCACAGAAGCUUGCUGUUGAUGCUGCUGUUAAGGAAAAUAAGAAGAUAGAAACUGUACAAGCUGUAAAAGGUAGAACUGAAGGCAAUGGUGAUGAAGCUUGCUCUAAGGAGGUCGUUAAUCUUUGUUCCUCAUCUUUUGAGGAUGAUGGCAUGAUCUCAAAUGUUAGCUCCAGAAAAAGAACUGGAGAAAUGGUGUCAGCAGAGCCUACCAUAAAUGAGGAUGGUAAGAUGGUGAGGAGAAAGGAGCUAAAAGCUGUAGUAGCAGAAGAAAGUGUUGGUGCUGGAAAGAAUGAAAUGCAUGCAGAGAAACCUAAAUGUAUAGAAACUGUAAAAUUAUCAGAAAACUCAGCUGAGAACACUGUGCUUCAGAAGCUUCUUCGGAAACCAAGAUACUUUGAUCCUCCAAACGGCAGCUGGGCCAGUUAUCUCAGUUGUGGGAAAGAUCAUCAGGCGGCAGCAAACUGGACGUUGCAAAACCGAGUGAAAGCAUGUUUCCUCUGUGGGAGUCUUCAGCACUUUGGGAAGCAUUGCGGACAGGGCCAAUAUUGCUUUGUCUGCAGAGGAAGAGGCCACCAAGCCUAUGAUUGUCCAGAGAAACAAGAAGAAAAGAAUUCUAUUAUUUGUUUAAGAUGUGGGGAUGCUGGACAUGAUAUGUUUUCAUGUAGAAAUGACUAUUCUCCUGAUGAUCUCAAGAAAAUUCGAUGUUACAUUUGCAAUGAUUUUGGUCAUCUCAGCUGUGUCAAACUUCCAGAUACAGGUCCAACAGAAGUUUCCUGCUACAAUUGUGGCCAGUCUGGCCAUUUGGGAUCUGAAUGCUCAAAGUGUCCCAAAGUUGCGGGGGGCUCGAAAUCCCAUGCUUUAUGCUACAGGUGCAGAGAUGAAGGCCAUUUUGCACGAACUUGCACCCUUUCCAGGAAGCAUGCUAGGAGAAUUCAGGCCAAAAUGAGAUCACUGGGGUCUAGUUCUGCUCCUCCAGAUUGUGGUCCUCAAAAUGAUGUCAAGGACGCCAAGGGUGAAAUAUAAGAAAGACUAACCAUCAAUAUAAAAUCAGUUGAGAUGGAAUUAUGACUGAGAUUUCAUUAACCUGCUCCAAGGAGAAUCAAAGCAGAAUGUCAUAAUGUCCCCUUCUACGGGGAAGCCUUUUACUGUAGUCAUCUAUCCCUGCAUCAUGGAACUCCCAAGUUUAAAAGUGUGCCAUCUCAAAUUUUGGUGCUGAGGUUCAAUUACCCUUGAAAGACUGAAGGCGGAAGGUAGUCAAGAUUGGCUAAGGAAUACAUUCUGACUGGUAUGUGGCCAAGAUCAACCAGAAUGCGACUGCAAGCAUACAAGACAUUUAAACUCCCUAAUUGAAAACUCCAUACCUUAAAAAUUUAAUCCUUAACAGAUAGAUAUUUCAUUUCUUUUUGAUUGAUCAGUUUAUGCUUUGACUUGAUUAUGAAACCAUAGGGCAGCUCUUGUUCAUUCUUAAUAGAUUAUCCCUCAUUUUUUUGUAGCAAAAAUAGUGGGAUCCAUGUCUUAUACCAUGAUUAUCAAUUUAUAUCAGAUCAAGUUAGAAAAUUUUCAUCUUCCAUAUGUGUUGAGAGACCUUGAAUUUUUAUUGCAGACAAAGUUUACACCUGGCAAAGACCAACAUACAUUGAAAACUAAAAUUUGAAGCCCAAACAUAAUGAGUAACACAAGUAGAAUUAGGACUGGGAAUUUUGUAGCAUAAAGGUCCCUGAAAUGUAUCUGCAGCAUCUUUUCCGUUUAAAUUGUCCAUUAGAUAGGGUGUUGGAUGAUUCGCUACAGUCCUUACUGAAUGCAAGUUGGAUUGCUUUUUCAUGGUUGUCCCAGAAACAAUUUACUAGAAAGAUCCUACCAUAGGGAUGUAUUGUAUUUAGUAUGUCAAAAGAAAGCUUUGCUUAGUUAUGCAUAAGUGUCAAACAUAUCAGCCUGCUGCGAGAAGAGAAUAAAGAAAAUGUAUAAAUCUGACAAAAUUCUAAAGACAAAGGCAAUGAUUUCAGUAAGGUGACAAGGUCAUGUAUUGCACAAAUAAAAGUUAGUAUAAUUGCUCCUGUUCAUAAUAUUUCUUUCUUUGCUUUGUUGGAUUGUGUCAGAAGUGCUUUACAGUACCCACAAGACCAAAUAUACAACAUGAUACAUUACGGCACAGGAAUUAAGCAGCUUUAAUCGACCCUGAGGGAUGCUUCUUUAAAAGUGAAUAGAGAUUACAUCUUUGCAGGUCAGCCCUGGAGCAAAAUCACCAUAAUCCACAAGAUAAGAACAAGAAAAGACCAAUCACUUGAAGAGUCACAACUCUCACGCACGUAACUGCUGGCUCAUAAGAAUUUCUACAGCCACGUUAAGAUCUCCAUCAGCAGCUGCUACUGCAACUUCUAAUUGUGUCUGAAACAAUCCCAAGGCAUUUUCAUCACUCUCCAUGUUAAAACAGAAAUGUUUAUGUGCAACAGUGUAUGCACAGGUACGAAGGUGAUAUUUUGCGAGUGAGUCAAUAUGCAUUAACUUAUACUUCCAACCACCAGCUUAAUUUCUGAUAUGCAAGUGUCAUAGUGUACGUAGCCAUCACAUAAUUACUGAAUUACUAAACUAUGUUCCACGAAAAACUAAUCUAUGGAUAUGCUGCACAAAUUCUGUAGGCAACCAUGAAAGCCAUGAACAAACAUCACAUUAUACAACUAUAAACAUACAAAAUAUAAGGGAUGCAUAAAAGUCAGAUAAAACAAACAUCUUAUAAUACAAUUAUAUAACAUGCAAAAUGAAAGGGAGGUUACCCUUUCAAAACUCAAUGGAGUUACAUUAGGAUUUAGCAAAUACUAAAAAUAAAUUUAUACAAACUAAAGAAGGUCCAAUGCCACAAUAAACAGCAAAGAAUAUUCCAUCAGCAGCUUCUUAGGUAAGGCCACUAGUGGUGGGAUGUGGGCUUGGGGAUGACUAAAGUAAGAUCUUAUGACUAAAGAAAUCACUGUCACCUUAUCAAGUUCCUGGAAUGGAUGCUAAGAUUUCUAAACCAGAAGUGUGUGACAGAAGCCAGAUUGAUAUUGAAAAACUUUCAAACUAAAGAGGAAAAAGAAAAGACACUAUCACUAAGCCAAAUUAAGAACAGUAAUUGAAAUGAAAAACA